UCCUUCCUUUCUUCUUCUUCUUCUGCUUCUCCCCUUUCCUUUGCCUGCACUCCCUUUAAAAAAAUGGAAAACCCUUUCUUUUCUUAGCUAUCCAUAUCAUUUUCUUCCAUCAAGUAUCCUUCUUUAUAAUUUUUCUUCACCUUAAACAAACCCCAUCUUAGACAGCUUUUAAUCUAAAUUAAUCCAUAAAUUAUAUACUACUCACCCCCUUUUUAAAUUACUAAUUUUUAAUUUUAAUCCUUUGUUGUUUCCUUGUUUUGUGUUGUCUUUUUGAUGCUGCCAUGGCCGGUCUUGAUUUAGGAACUGCUUCUCGCUAUGCCCAUCAGCUUCACAGACCCGACCUUCAUCUCCAGCACCAAACCGAAUCCCAGGAUCAUGAAGCUUCCCAAAACCGUGUUGGUGGUGUUGCUCAGUAUGGCUCGGCCGAUCAUCACCAAGAAGAUGAGUCGACUCACCAAGGCCUGGACUUGGUCAACGCGGGUCCAGGUGGUGAUCUUGGUGCUCGUAGGCCGAGGGGCCGUCCUCCGGGUUCCAAGAACAAGCCGAAGCCACCGGUUAUCAUAACAAGGGAGAGUGCCAACACGCUCCGAGCUCACAUUCUUGAGAUUGGGAAUGGCUGCGAUGUGUUCGACUGCAUUUCCAACUACACCAGAAGAAGGCAAAGGGGUAUCUGCAUAUUGAGUGGAACUGGUACGGUGACCAACGUGACCAUUAGGCAACCAUCGGCUGCUGGAGCUGUACUUACCCUCCAUGGCAGAUUCGAAAUUCUAUCACUUUCCGGUUCUUUCCUGCCGCCUCCAGCUCCGCCGGGUGCCACCAGUUUGACAAUCUUCUUGGCCGGUGGGCAAGGCCAGGUUGUGGGAGGGAGUGUGGUCGGUGAACUGAUGGCCGCGGGACCUGUUAUUGUCAUAGCUUCGUCGUUCACAAAUGUGGCCUACGAGAGACUACCUUUGGAAGAGGAUGACCACCUGCAGAUGCAAAGCGGCGGCGGCGGCGGAAAUAACAUGUUUUCCGAUGCCGGAGCCGCCCCAGGUGGGUUGCCUUUCUUGAAUUUGCCUCUCAAUAUGCCGCCUAAUGUGCAGUUACCUGUUGAAGGAUGGCCUGGAAACUCAGGUGGUAACAGGCCUCCGUUUUGAGAGCUUUUCAAUGCUAGAAAUGGGGAGCCUUGGAUCAUUAAGGUCAGCAAAUUUCAUGGACUAGUUAUCAUCAUCAUCAUCUUCUUCUUCUUACAAUUGCUCUUAUGUUGAUGUUAAUUUUAGGUUUUGUUUUCUUAAUCUUUGGGAUUUUUGGAAUCUAUGUGGUUUCUGGAAAUAGUCCUUUCUUGUUCAUGGUUUGAUAUGAUGUAUCAAGUAUUAACUCGUGUCGGAUAAUAUGAUCAGUCACUGAAGUUUCAGUGUUACUAA